AAAUCAAGAGGGGUUUCCCGUAUUGAGGCUGUCCAUGAUUAUAUGUCUUCGGGAUUCACUUUAAAAUAUAUCUUCUUCGCUUCCAUUUUCAUUACUGCAACGGUGAAAGCAUUAGAAUCUUCAACCGUUAGUAACUAUACCCAAUUUGCUACUUCAUCGUUUGGCCAUCAUUCCAUGUUGUCUACUUUACAAAUUGCAACCUCAAUUAUCUCUGCUAUUUGUAAACCAUUCUUAGCUAAAUUUUCUGAUUUAACCUCGAGACCAACUACUUACGUUGUAGUAUUAACCAUUUAUGUCAUAGGUUAUAUAAUUAUAGCUUGUUCUCCUACUAUCACUGCUUAUGUUAUUGGGUCUGCUUUUGUUUCUGUUGGUGAUUCAGGUUUGGAAUUAUUGAAUAGUAUCAUUAUUGCUGAUUUAACUCCUUUACAAUACAGAGGUGUCGUUAGUGGGAUCUUGGCUAGUCCUUAUCUUGUUACUACCUGGAUCUCCGGUUACAUUGUUCAACAUUUCGUUGCAGUUAAUUGGAGAUGGGGUUACGGAAUGUUCUGUAUCUUGAUUCCUGCUUGUUUACUUCCUGCUAUAGUAAUCAUGUUUGUAUUAGAUCAUAAAGCUGAAAAGCAAGGUUUGAAAAAAUUGAGUGCUAAUCCUCUUGUUGAACAUAAAGAUAAAUUUUUCAGUUUAACCACUAUUAAAACUGCCUUGAUUGAAAUUGAUGCCUUUGGUUUAAUCCUUUUAGGUUUUGCUUUCAGUUUAUUAUUAUUACCUUUCUCCCUUUAUCCAACCGCAGAAAAUGGUUGGAAAAAUCCAAGUAUGAUUGCAAUGAUUAUCGUUGGUGGUAUCUUAUUCAUCGCUUACUGCUUAUACGAAUCCCUCUGGGCUCCUUUCCCUUCAAUGCCUAGAAGAGUUUUAAUUAAUAAAACUUUCAUUUGUUGUGUUAUUAUUGAUUUCGUUUAUAUGCUUGCUGGUUAUAUUCGUCUUCUUUAUUUUAGCUCUUAUACUUACGUUAUCACUAAUUGGUCAGUUAAAAAUUGGACCUAUUUUUCAAAUACUUUAACUAUGGGUCUUUGUUUCUUUGGGGUUGUUGCUGGUAUUAUCCAUAGACUUACUCACCGUUAUAAAUUAUUUCAGGUUUUUGGUCUUUCAGUGAAAAUCAUCGGGAUGGGUUUAUUCGUUAUGUUGACUACUCAAGGUAUUAAUAAUGGUGUCUUGAUUUCAUCUACCAUCCUUGAUUCUAUUGGAUCAGCCUUUUCAGUUAUUGCAACUCAAGUUGCCGCUCAGGCUGCUGUUCCUCAUCAAGAUUUAGCAACUACCAUAUCUUUAUUAUCUUUAUACUCUUCCAUUGGUGCUGCUAUCGGUUCUGCUAUUGCUGCUCCAAUUUGGAGUUCUAAAUUAACUAAAUAUUUAGGUGAAUACACCAACUUGAAUUCUACUGAAAUUGCUGAAUACUUGGGUAGUACUGAAUAUGCCCGUUCUCUUCCUUGGGGUUCUCAAGAAAGAAAUGAUGCCUUAAGAGCUUAUAAUAAAACAUGUUAUUACUUAUUUGUUCCCGCCUUAGCAUUAACUUUCAUUUCUUUGAUUGCUGCAUGCUUUCAAACCGAUUUUUACCUUGGUAAACAAUUAAAUUGUGUUGAAGGUGAACAA